AUGCAGGGCACCGCGACCGGCGGCGCAACGAGCCGAUGGAGGAAGGAGCAAGAGCUCUUGCAGAUCUUAUCUGGGAUCGCGGGAGACGAAGAACUGCGGAAGAUGUUCACCGGGCUAGGCCUAGCAGCGCCACCGUUGACACCCAGCCCGGGGGUGCUCAGUACCCCGGCGAUCUUACCCGUCGAACCGAGGCCGGAAGCAGCCCAGGAAAUGGACCGUGGCAAGAAGCGCAAGCCGAUGACUUGGCCGAAGUGGAACGGUCAGCCCGAGUCCUUCCACUUCUACCUCGACCGUCUGGUAUUUAAGUACAAUACCGACGAAGAGGAGGGCCUAAACGGCAAUAACAACGUCGUGUGGUACGAGAUCCUGCAGACCUUGCCGGAUCAGAUGAUGAGGAGAGUCGAGGGUUUUUGGAGGCAAGAGAGCGCGAAGGGCAACCCAGACCCCCGGAAAUUCUUCUCGCACCUAGCCCAGACGUUCGGCAGCGUGCAGCAGACAGAGAGGGCGCAGGACAGGCUGCGCACCCUCAUUCAACGAGACAGCCAAGAGUUUGGGAAGUUCCUCCCUGAAUUCGAGGAAACAUUGACCAAAGCGGGCGGCGCGAGCUGGGAUAAUGCUUCCAAGCUCGCAUGGCUACGGAACUCGAUCUCUCCUGCUCUCCGUGAGCAACUAGUCCCGGUUAUCAUGCCGAAGGACUACAACGAGUACAUCAACGUCUACACCCGAUUGCUUGGGCGUUCGAGCACACCGCGAAGUUUAAGGCGUUGCAGAGGAAGCAGGGCUCCGCGGGCAACGUGA